AUGGACGAUAUUGAUGAAGAAAUGCUAGUGAGGAUGGCUUCUAAUACCACUAUCUAUGCGGUCAUUUGUGUGUUUGCUUGUUUAAUGAGGAGACGUAGUCGAAGGAAAUCAAUCAGUUAUCACCCUAACACAUGCCAAAAAGAGAAGAUAGUUUCUAGAGCUAGGCACAUAAGCCGUGUGUUCAAUGGCUUCAAUGAGAGUUGUAGGUCUUAUGUUAGAAUGAGGCCACACGCAUUUGAAAAGCUUGUUAGCAUAAUGAGAUAUACCGGCCUACUACAAGAUUCACGUGAUGUUAAAGUAGAAGAGCAAUUGCCCAUGUUCCUUAAUAUAUUGGGCCAUAAAACAAAAAAUAGAAUUGUUAGGUCACAUUUCAUAAGAUCGGGGGAAACCGUUUCAAAAUACUUUAACAAGUGCUUGGAAGCUGUGGGGCAUUUAAGAGGGCGAUACAUGAAGCAAGCACCAAAUGAAUUAUCGUCAGGAAUUGCCGCCAACCAGUUAUACUAUCCUUAUUUCAAGGAUUGCAUUGGCAUGAUUGAUGGAACCCAUAUCGACGCCAUGCUUCCCGCUAACCUUGUUGCACGUUUUAGAUGA